UAGUUCACGGAGGAUGGUGUACCUGAGAACCACAGUAGAGAAAACUUAAGGAUGUAAAUAUUGCCCUCACACCAUAGAUUCCACUCAAAUGUACAAGGCUUUUCUGUGCUUGGAAGGAUCUGUCACCAGUAGCCAGGCAGGUAUCUGUUAGUAGAUUUAUAGUCACCUUUGAGCCACUUGCAUUACAAAGGAAUGACAUGAAACGCCAGGCUAGAAGUAAAGAUCCCAGGGGACUGAUUCCAGCCAAGAAAGAGAGUUCUGAUUUAAGCUAACAUUUUUGGAGAAAUUCCUUAGACAAAAAUAAGCACUGUGCUACUUAUUGCAAAGUAUACUGUUGACUCACCACUAUUAGUAUGACUAAAUAUUGAGACCAAUUUCUGUAAGUCUUACACCGAAGUCCAUUUUACUUCUUUAUAGUGAUAUUUGUUCACCUCCCUUUCUCCUGUUCCCUUUCUUCUCUCCAUUUUUUCCACUGGUUUUGUCAUUUUUACCCACUGCAUUAUUUAGCGUUUUUCACUCUGGGUAAAGGUCAGCACACUUUGAUUUAAGGUAGGUAUUCAAAGGCAGUGUGCGAACCCUGUGAAGGGUAACUGGGAGUGGAUGAGCCUCAGGUACUUGGAGAGGAGUUUAUGAAAUGACUGAUCAAGUAAGCUUAGUACAGCCCUCAUGGGUGGGACACAGGUUAACUACAGAGGAGAGUGAGCUUAUGGUUGAAGUACACUAACCAACUGUUGUCUCGUGCCCUUUGCCUUUGUUUCCGAAGCAAAAGCUCUCUCAGAUUUGAGGGGAGCCAUGAGCCGGUUCCUGAAUGUGUUACGAAGCUGGCUGGUUAUGGUGUCCAUCAUCGCCAUGGGGAACACGCUACAGAGCUUCCGAGACCACACCUUUCUCUACGAAAAGCUCUACACUGGCAAGCCAGACCUCGUGAAUGGCCUCCAAGCUCGGACCUUUGGAAUCUGGACGCUACUCUCAUCAGUGAUUCGCUGCCUCUGCGCCAUCGACAUUCACAACAAGAUGGGACUCACAUGGACUAAUGUGGAACAGUUGCAAGCAAUCACAGCCUCUGGUCUAGAUAAUGUUGUAACCCGUGCCGGCCACUGGAGGGGGCUCGAGCUUUCUUCCCAACAGCAGUCGUCACCACAGUCAAGGUGGAAAGUUUGCUCAGGUCCCCAGGACAGCUGCAAAUGCUGACUUCUGUUUCCAGCAUUUUUUGAAAGCCUGGGACUUUGGUCCAAGGCCUUCUGAUAUGCACUCUGAUUCUAUUCCCUCCCUAACUGGAAACUCAAAAUCAACUCCCAGCUGCUCUCACUUUCUGAGACAGUCUGUUCUCAGAAAUUCUGCCUAUUUAAUGUGUAUAUCUCUAAAUAAACCUGCUUUCACUUAAAAAAAAAGACAACUCCCAUACAUACGUAUUUACUAAGUGUCUAAAAACAUGCACAGGAAUGAUAAAAAUCAAACUUAAGAUAUUCCUUCUGGGGAAAAGGAGGCAGGAGAAUGGGAUCAGGGUGGGAAAAGGAUACACAGGAGGCUUUAACUGAAAUCCGAAUAUUUCAUUUCUUAGAAAAAAAGUAUCUGAAGCAAAAAUGUCAAAAUAUUCAGAUUUUUUUGUAUAUUUGAAGUAUUUCAUAAUUUUUAAAAUUUCUUAGUUAAAAAAAAGGUACCAGCAAUCUAAGUGGUCGGUCAUCCUCUCUUCUCCACCUCCUUGUCAAAGCCGAGGAACAAGUCCUCUUCCCAUGAGGUUGUCACUGUGUCCUCCAUCUGACCGUCUUGCUAGAUUAAGAUGCAAAAUAUCCACCCCACGUUGCAAGAGCAUCUAAAGGCCCCAGAAAGGUCCUUCCUGCCCUUUCCCCACACAUGCCCUUCGUUCUAUGGCAUCCAUCAUAUGAGCACUGACCAGCCCCUGGCCAAACAUCUGCCACGCGGGCUUGGACUAGAGUCAAGCCCAUUUGAGUAAGUAGAAUAUGUAAGCAUGAUUGGUCCAGAAUUGUCUACAGUGCCUAGGAUUGCCAUACUGCAGACUCUGCUUUGCUAUUGCUGGCUUCACCACCUUGCUAAGUAAGACUUGCAGAGGCCCUCUGGUUGCCUGGACCAUUCUCCUCUCAGUUUAGCAGUUGAAAUCUUCAAUUUUGCCCUAGAUGUGAAUACAUUGAUGUGAUCAAGCAGCGAGGUCUUUCCCAGGACCAAGUCUCCUUUUUCUUUAGCCAUAGUCAUUUCCUGGGUUUUGAUUUGCGUGUUUCAAGUCCGAUCACUGCUUUUCCUCUGCACUGAACAAGCUGUACCUUCAGUCCCGUUUCUG